AUGACUGCAUGGUUCUCCUGCUAUUCAUGUGUGGGUGAAUCACAACCAAAUUUUUCUCCUGUUCUUCUCCCAGGUGUCCUUUCUGAAGUCACCCUGGUGGAAUCUGGCCCAGGAACAGCCAAGCCAGGAGGGUCUAUCAGGCUGACCUGCGCCGUCACCGGAUACUCCAUCUCUAGCGGCUACUGGUGGAACUGGAUAAGGCAAAGGCCUGGCAAAGGCCUAGAGUGGGUAGCACGUAUAAGUAACAGUGGGAGCACAAACUAUGCGGCCUCUCUCCAAAGCAGGAUUUCUAUCUCCAAAGACGACGGCAGGAACGAGUUCUACCUGCAGCUGUCCUCCCUGACCGCUGCAGACUCAGCGUCUUACUACUGUGCAAGAGACACACCAGGACAGUCUAUCAGGCUGACCUGCGCUGUCACCGGAUACGACAUCUCUAGCGGCUACUGCUGGCACUGGAUCAGGCAGCCUCCUGGCAGAGGCCUAGAAUGGGCAGGAUAUAUAUGUUACGAUGGGAGCACGGGGUAUGCACCCUCUCUCCAAAGCAGGAUUACUAUCUCCAAAGACAACGGCAGGAAUGAGUUCUACCUGCAGAUGUCCUCCCUGACCGCUGCAGACUCAGCCACUUACUACUGUGCAAGAGACACACAACUUUUUGCUCAAAAAUACCACAGGCCUCAGUUCUCCCUGAGGAUCCUUCUGAAGCAGGGCAGCUCCAAGGCCAAAAUCAGACGCAUCCGUCUGGACUACAAACUGUUCAUUAGGAUCAGGGGCAAUUAG